CCCAGGACAGCAUCUUAUAUAAUGUGUCAUGGAUAUUGUGCCCAGACUAUACACAUCUAUCCAUGUGUGAUGUUCCCCCUCCUCCUCCCCCCACAGUGCCUUCACUAAGUUGUCCAGCUGACUUUCUGUGUUACAGCUGCCCAGAUGUUAUGUUAUGUACUCUAGCCAUGGAAGAUUUCCAAUCCUGAAAAAGCUACACGCUUUUCAUUAUGGAGACAGGAACCUUUAAGUGGGUACUCAAUAAUGGAUAAAGCCAUAUCAUAGCAUAAACCUUGGCUUAUGCGAAUUGACCUUAUCGGUCAAAAUCAUAGCCUUUUCAUUAAAAUGACCAAUGAAUAAUGUAUCAGAGCGUAGUCUAAAGCUUCAAAAUAUGUUUUCAGACAGAACUAUUCCAAGAAUGCGAGUCAGGUAUAUUUCUCAGAUAAAUGACAGUAGGGGCAUUGCAUACAUGAAAAUUCUUGGUUCUCAGGUUUCCUGAAAUCCAGCGCACGCAUCAUUAAUCAUUCAUUGGGGUCGGCCCUUCAGUCAAUGGCAGCUCUGAGUAAGCUGAAGCGAGCUGUUAGCUAAUCCUUCCUGCCAACGGGAUCCUGGGGCGAGAGAGGACAACUGGACAGCCAGUCACAUGUGCUGGUGCCCGGCCCCUGCCCCUGUCGCCCGGCCCUGAGCGUGGGUGUGCGUGUGCGUUCCCUCUCCCGGACACAAGUCGAUAGCUUCCCAGAAGGCAAAAAAACAAAUUCGGCAUAAUAUUUAGCGCGACGGAGAGUUUCCAACAGGAAAGCAGCCCGAUUCAUAGCAUAAUUGCUCAGAGUGUCUCUCUCAACGCUAAAUAAACCCCUUCCUUAGCUCUUUAAUAAAUCAGUAACAGCCACUACCACACAAUAGAAACAGCCUUCUCCUCCAGCCGUGCCACACCAACGCCUUCCCAAAUUGGGCUGUGAAUCCUUGCUUGAAGCUGUGGGAUCUCCUGGAGGGACGCAGGUCCUCAGGGAUUCCUGGGGCCAGAGUUGGGAAAGGGGUCUGCUGGGCAGAGGGGAGAGAACCUGGAAGUUGGGUCCUGGGGUAGGCAAGCGUGCUUUGCUGAGACGCGAGCGCGCGGCAGAGGUUGAGAGGACGAGAACUCACUCCAGGUUUUAACCCCCGUUUCCGUCGCCGCCCCCGGAGGAUUCAACUGCUCGCAAAGCUGAAUUCCGCGCAGCGCUGGCUCCGGUCGGAAGGUGGCUGUGUGGCGCGUGAGAACCGCUGGGGUGCGUGGCCCGGGUGUGCGCGUGCCCGGGGUCGGGGUGCAGCUCCUCUGCUCUGGCCUUCUCCUCCCCCUCACUCUCUCCCAUCCCCUCCCUCCUCCACACCCCCGCCCCCGGGACCGCCAGGCUCUCGCCCGGCACCCGCCGGAGAGUACACAAAGCCGGCGCGGGUGAGGGGAAGCUUCUCAGGCGUGCACCGAGCAGUGAGAUCACUGGCGUUAUAAAUAUCCCAGUGCCAGCGCCGAGAUCCGUUCGGGUGGCCUCUCUCUCCCCCCCUCUCCCUGUCUCUUCCCUGAGGCUAUGUCCACCCAGUGCGGCGAGGGGGGCAGCGCCAGAGGCACGCAGCCGCACGGGGGCUACGGAGCCCAGAACCAGCCCUACAAGAUGCACUUAGGACCCCCGCUACUGGAAGAAUGAGCUUGUCCUUCGUCCUCCUCUUCCUCAGCCACCUGAUCCUCAGCGCCUGGGCUCACGGGGAGAAGCGCCUCGCCCCCAAAGGGCAACCCGGACCCGCUGCCACUGAUAGGAACCUAGGAGGCGCCAGCAGCCACCAGAGCAGCAGUAGCGCGCCUUCCUCUGCUUCCUCUCCCUCCGCGGCUUCUCGCGGCAGCCAAGGAAGCGGCUUGGAGCAGAGCAGUUUCCAGUGGACCCCCUCGGGGCGCCGGACCGGCAGCCUCUACUGCAGAGUGGGCAUCGGUUUCCAUCUGCAGAUCUACCCGGAUGGCAAAGUCAAUGGCUCCCACGAAGCCAAUAUGUUAAGCCAAAUUUACAGAUGACUGCAAGUUCAGGGAGCGAUUUCAAGAAAACAGCUAUAAUACUUAUGCCUCAGCAAUACACAGAACUGAAAAAACGGGAAGGGAGUGGUACGUGGCCCUGAACAAAAGAGGGAAAGCUAAACGAGGCUGCAGCCCCCGGGUGAAACCCCAGCACAUCUCUACCCACUUCCUGCCGAGGUUCAAGCAGUCGGAGCAGCCAGAACUU